CAGUUCCCCUCCACCCCCCGGGUAAGGCCGCUCCCGCGCUGCGGCCCUGGCCUGGCCUUGGCUCUCUCGCUAACAACAAGCAGCCUGCCUCGGAUGCGGCCUCCCCCUUCCGCAUUUUCCUGAGGCUCUGCGGCAGUGACGUGUGUUGCUGACGGCGGGCCCGGCCAGGAGAGCUGCCCGCUCUUUCUUCCUCUCCCUCCUUCCCCCCUCUCAGCCAUCGCGCUCGGCCCCUCCCUUUCUGCCUCUCGCACUCGCUCUAUGCCUUCCCCCCUCCCUUCGAAUCAGCCAUCGCGGACAGGCCUAACGGAGAAGGCGCCCCCGGUCCCGGAGUAAUCGGGGAACCACGACGACGCAUACAGAAGGAUCAGCUAAUGAUUGUUCAGAGUCAUGGAAGAGGAUGUAGUGGAGCUUGCACUGCAGACAGAGCCGCAUGCUUUUUUCCAUACUUCAGGCACCCCACAUCUUAAUGGUAAUGAAAUCAUAGUGGAGAUCCAAGAGACAGUCUUUGUGGGGGAUGGAGGCAUGGCUGUCCAAGGCUUUCCAGAUGAUGCUGACUCUGUGGUGAUUCAGGAUGUAAUUGAAGAUGUGGUAAUUGAGGAUGUGCAGUGCUCCGACAUCUUGGAAGGGACACGGGUAUCGGAGACUGUUAUAAUACCAGAGCAGGUUCUCGAAGAUGACAUCGGCCCAGACGCAGAAGAGCAGGAGCUGGAAGAAGAUAUGUUAUCCAACUGUGACGUCCCUGAGAGUGUCUUGGACUCUGAUUUAGUGCAAGGUGCACUGUCCGUUCCGGAUACUGAGAGUGUGGUUCAUUCGGAACAUGUAGUAGGAGAGGAGAUAGCAGACGAUGAGCUUGGUGAAGACAUGAUUUCGGAAGAGGUCUUGGUAGCAGACUGUGCUUCAGAGGCUGUGAUUGAUGCCAAUGGAAUUCAAGUGCAAGGUCCUGAUGGGGAAGAAGUUAACUGUGACGAUUACCUCAUGAUUUCCUUAGAUGACGCAGAGAAGAUUGAUGAAGAGUGUGCACAGGAAAUGGCUAUGAGAGGUGAGGUCGAUGGAGAUUCAGGCAAGUUGGAUGGAUCAUGCCCAGAAGUCAUCAAGGUUUACAUCUUUAAAGCUGACCCUGGAGAAGAAGACUUGGGUGGCACAGUAGAUAUCGUGGAAAGUGAGUCUGAGAAUGACCAUGGAGACGUACUUCUUGAUCCACACACCGGAGGGCGUCUUCCUCGAGAAAAAAUGGUUUACAUGACUGUGAAUGAUUCUCAGAAUGAAGACAAUGAUUUGGAUGUGGCAGAGAUUGCUGAUGAAGUGUAUAUGGAGGUGAUUGUUGGAGAGGAGGAUGCCUCAGUAACGCAUGAACAUCAGCUGGAUGAUGCUGAACUAAGCAAGACCUUUAUGCCAGUGGCCUGGGCUGCAGCUUAUGGUAAUAACAUGAGUAACAGCCUGGAGGGAGCGGAGCACAGGAAUGGCACUGCUAGCGCCCUUUUGCACAUAGAUGAGUCUGAUGGACUGGACAGACUAUCAAAGCAGAGACCAAAGAAAAAGAGAAGGGGAGAGAACAGGCAGUACCAAACAGCCAUAAUUAUUGGUCCCGAUGGCCACCCGCUUACUGUUUAUCCAUGUAUGAUCUGUGGCAAGAAGUUCAAGUCUCGAGGCUUCCUGAAAAGGCACAUGAAGAACCACCCGGAGCACCUGGCACGCAAGAAGUAUCGUUGCACAGACUGUGAUUACACCACCAACAAGAAAGUGAGUUUGCACAACCACCUGGAGAGUCACAAGCUAACUGCUGCUGUCAUUAAGACUGAGAAGGAACUGGAUUGUGACGAGUGCGGCAAAGUGUUUCUGCACGCUAACGCUUUGUUUGCCCACAAGCUGUCGCAUAAGGAGAAGGCGGGCAACAAAAUGCACAAGUGUAAGUUCUGCGAUUACGAGACAGCUGAGCAGGGGUUACUUAACAGACAUCUCCUGGCUGUUCACAGCAAGAGCUUUCCGCACAUCUGUGUGGAGUGUGGAAAAGGUUUCCGUCACCCAUCUGAGCUGAAGAAGCACAUGCGCACUCACACUGGGGAGAAGCCUUACAUCUGUCAGUAUUGUGACUAUAAGUCAGCUGACUCCUCCAACUUGAAAACCCACGUAAAGACAAAGCACAGCAAUGAGAUUCCAUUUAAGUGUGACAUAUGCCUCCAGACAUUUGCGGACUCAAAAGAUCUGCAGGCCCACGCUUUUCUGCACCAAGAGAGCAAAAGUCACCAGUGCCUGCAUUGUGACCACAAAAGCUCUAAUUCUAGUGACCUGAAAAGACACAUCAUUUCUGUGCACACCAAGGAUUAUCCCCACAAGUGCGAGUUUUGUGACAAGGGCUUCCACCGGCCUUCCGAGCUUAAAAAGCAUGAAGCUGCCCAUCGGGGCAAAAAGAUGCAUCAGUGUAGGCACUGUGAGUUCCAAAUUGCAGACCCGUUUGUGCUGAGUCGACACAUUCUGUCUGUUCACACGAAAGAGUUGCCAUUUAGGUGCAAACGCUGCCGUAAGGGCUUCAGGCAGCAGGCAGAACUGAAAAAGCACAUGAAGACUCACAGUGGUAAGAAAGUGUACCAAUGCGAGUAUUGUGAGUACAACACCACAGACGCUUCGGGUUUUAAACGCCAUGUCAUCUCCAUCCACACCAAAGACUACCCCCACCGCUGUGACUUCUGCAAUAAAGGCUUCCGCCGGCCAUCUGAAAAGAACCAACACACAAUGAAACACCACAAAGAGGCCAGCUUAGUGUGACUUUGCCUAUGCUGAGCCUUAUCGGAAAACUGAUAAAAUGUAUACCCGUUCUUGUAAAGGAUAGUGUCAGUUGUUGUUUUUUGUUUCUUUUUUUAAUUCGUCUACGUGCCUCUAAGUUAAUAUUAUUUUAUAUUCCAGUUCUGCACUUUGUUUAGUAAAUUAACAAAGUUGCACCGCUGGGGAGGCUGUUGGAGAUGGUUUAGUCCUUUCUUUCAAAUCUGUCUACCCUUGAAAACCAACUGCUGUCUUCAUAUUAAAUUUGCUUAUUUGAUCCUUGACAUGAGCACAUUUGCUUGCUGCUGAAAGACUGUAAAACAGUACAGAAGCUCUGUAUGAAGAGUUGUACAUUUUGUAUGAACUUCAACACCUUUGGCAGAGCCAUGAUAUUUUAGCGUGCACAGAGAAAAGGUGUUAUCUUAUACCAACCAGUCAUAAUCCAGCGACAGUUUCUUACAAAAUUACAGCAAACAUCUCAUCUGGUUGUUGGGGGUUACUGGCCUUUGUUAUGUAAAUCAGUUUUUAAUUGUGUGUGAAAGUAUUUUAUAUAACCCUUUAAUAAGCCAGUUGUAGCUUUCACGACCUUGUUGACACUUACAGUAGAAUUACAGACAAAAGUUAAAGAACUCCUGGAUGCACAGAUUUCCUACGCAUGAUUUUGUAUAUUUACAAAGAUUAGACACCUCUUAAAAUAAUGAAUAAUUAAGAAAUUUUAUCACAUUAGCUGGUCCCAAUUUAAUCAUUUCUUUUUGGCAAACAAGCUCUCCAUAUCUGUUAACCCUAAAAGAUAAAUACAUUGUAUUACUAAAUUCCCAUAUAACAUUUUAUUUAAUUUUAUACUUCUUUCAUUCAUUUCAUUCACUUUGCCGGCUGUCAGGAUACCGACGUCAGAAUCCCUACAACUGGUGAAAUAACGGCGGUCGGAAUUCCGACCACCAGCUGAAAUCCACGCUCGUGUGGUGGUCUUCAAAGGGAAUAUAACCCUGUGGCAACUGAAGGUCACCAACGGGCCCGAAGCAUAGCAAGCGCAGUGAGCCCGCGGGUAUCCCGGCUGUCGGGGUCCCGGCGUCAGUCUCCUGAACGCCGAGAUAUCAUACUGAUCCCUUCUUUCAUUGGGAAAUCUUAAAAAUAGCAAUCAAAACUCAAAUUCAUACCAGCUAAUGUAUUCCUAUGCAAUAGUCUGUAAUACAGUUCGUAAAACUGGAUUUCACCAAAUGUUUUUAUUAUACCAUAUAACCUCCUUUAUACUAGGUUGCUGCUCACUCCUGCAUCUGGUUUACAGUCAGUGUUAUUCAUGUGCAAUUUGCAUGUUUGUGCAUUUUCCUUAUAAAAAUAUAAAAUAAACAACUAAUCUAAAGAUAAAAAGGACAUAUUAAGUAAAUAUGUUCCCAGUAUUUUUAAAGAUUUGUUUUAGAAUUUUUUUUUUGUUGUGUUUUUUUUUUUUUUAAACAAACAUUAAAGUUUUACACUUUUCUAGAUAUGACUGUUUCUUCAAGUUGCUGAAAAUGCAUCAUUGUCGUGUAGGAAGUUUGAAUUAUCCAUAACAGAUAUUUAAUACAGAUGGCAUUGAGAUAUGAAAUGUUGACUACUUCUAACCAUUUUAUUUAAAUCAUCUGAUUAAUCUUGGAAAUUAUGUAGUCUAGUACCAUGGAUCCUAGUAACAUGUGUCAGUGAACACUUUUUUUUACCCACUAUACAUAAGAGAAUCAUUUAGGUAUAUUCCUUUACUAUACAAAACAAAACUGGCAUCCUGUGUUUACUGACAGAGAUCCAUACAUCAUGUUUCUACAUAUCCGUUUGCCCUCCUUUUAAGAAAGAAAUAGGCACAUGGAGCAUUAAUGGUAGUUUUAAAGGUUGUGUUUACAAUUGUGAGAUUUUGGAGUUUAUUUUAAUUUGGGUCUUAAGUUAUUAAGAAAAACAAAUGUGCACUUUUUACUAUAACUUUUUGUUUGUCUUUUGCUGCGUAUCAACCAAAUGUUGUUUGAGAAUAAUAGUGCGGUCAGUGCAUGCUAAACAAAUGCAGCAACUGUAAACUAUAAAAUGCCUAUUGUGACAUGUGAGCUCUGUGUAUAGGAGAGGGUUUUUGUUUUGUUUUUUACUCCCAGGAAUGUCUGUUUUUGGGGAGAUGUAAUUUUUUAAGGCACUUUCACCCAAGGACCUUCUAUACUAUACUAUACUAUACUAUACUAUAAUACUGCAGUGUGCUCCAUACGCUUCAUUUAUCUGUUACUUGAUAUUUAUAAAGGCAUAUUCUUUUUUUGUGCACAUUUAACACUAAAAUUCAUAGGUUUUGAUACAAAAAUUGCCUCGUGAAAUUUCUUGUUGCGUUUCAACUUGAAGAGAUUAAUACACCAAGAAAAUGAAGUAAUCUUAUCACCAUACCAGGGUAGUGAGCAAUUCUCUGUUGCUGGUUUGUACUGUAAGAAGUGCUUCAUUAAAUGAAAUUUCCUCUAUAUUACCAGAAUGUAUUUAAUAAAUGUCUAGUAGUUACUAAGACUGCUUUGAAUUAAAGGUCACAUGGCAAAUACCUGCAGUGCAGUGUGUGGUAUCUCCAACAUUCAGAUUUCUCUAAAUGGUAAAACUAUUUCAGUGCUAUUUUUCAAAAUGAGUAAGAGUAACACAUAAAGCUUCAAUUUUUAUUACUAUUACAAGAACGGGACUGUAUAGAUGUAAAUGUAAUCUUUUUUUUAUAUAUAAAUAUAUAUACAUUAUUAAAUCGAAUUGGCUUUUGUAAAGUACACACCUGUAUAAAGAGAUUGUAGUUAUUGUUUAUGUACGUAAUUUUGUUUAUAUGGUUUUAAUUUCUGCUGAAUUACAUUUGGCAAGUGCUCCAUUAUUUGAAUGUUUUUUUUUUUGUUUUUUUUUUGUUUCGAAGAGGUACAGUUUCUGUUUUGUACAAAGACCUUAUGUAAAUUAUUCACUAGACACAGCCUGUAAAAUAUUGUAUUGUCUUAUCUGUACAAUUUUGUAUAAAAAGUAAGCCGAAAUCAAUAUAGGGAUUUGAGAUGACAUUGUAAUUGUGUACUUGAUAAUGUGCUAAAAUAAAGAUCAGAAUAUUUUCCUGUU